CCUGCCAAUGCUGUCUCUGGUAUGGCAUGCUGGCACGAUCCGAGAACGGUCUGGCGCCAGAGUUUCUUAUUGUCGGUCCACUUCGAUGGAUGUCUCAUCAUCAUUGCCUCGGAGCCAAUCUGGCGGUGGAUCGACUGAGUGCCUCCAUAGCACUUGUUUGUUUGUUGUACAGUAGCUAGCCAGUUUGUCAUUCGACCAUGGCAUCACAGGCGAGAGGACUUCAAAACUUUAUCUCCGAUCUUCGCAAUGCGAAGAGUAAGGAAGAAGAGACAAAGCGAGUGGACAAGGAACUCGCAAAUAUUCGAAAGCAAUUUACACCCAAAGGAGGAAAGGUGGCCGAAGAUGGCUCGAAUCCGGCGCUGUCAUCCUACCAAAGGAAAAAAUACGUGUGGAAGUUGGUGUACAUUCACGUCUUGGGAUAUGAUGUAGAUUUUGGGCACGCUGAAGUGAUGGUGCUAGUGAGAUCCAACAAGUAUUCGGAAAAACAUGUCGGUUACACCGCUCUCAGUCUGUUACUGCGUGGAGAUGACCCCAUGGUCAACACGGUCCUUAGCACUAUUCGCAAGGACUUGACCACUCCGUCAACCUCGGAAAAGAAAAAUAGCGCUCCUCCUGACGCGGGACAGUCAUUGGCGCUUUGCUCCAUUGCCAACAUUAUUGGACUCGAAUUGAUUCAGGCGCUCCACUCGGAGGUCCAGCAAACUUUGGUGGCCAAAUCUUCCACUCCAAACGUCAAGAAAAAAGCUGCUCUCUGUCUCCUACGCCUAGUACGAACCAGUCCCAAAGUCGUCGCUGGCAGAGAAUUUGCCCCUCAGGUCGCUCAACUCUUGCAAGAUCGCCACUUGGGUGUUUUAACCAGUGCCAUGAGUCUACUAUAUGGGCUCGCCUCGCAAAUUCCCGAUGACUACGAAAGUCUCAUCCCAUACGUCGUACACAUCCUAGGAAUGCUCGUCCUCAAAAAAGCUUGUGCACGAGAGUAUCUUUACUACCGGACGCCCAGUCCUUGGCUUCAGAUCAAACUACUCAAGUUCUUGCAACUCUACCCCACAUCACUGGUGCAAACUCCCAAAAACGGAAAUGGCAAAGAAACGGCGGCGGACAAUGCUGCUCACAUUACCCAACUCACCAGUAUUGUAUCCAAGAUCCUUACUGAAACAGACGUUUCGGAUUCAAUUAACAAGUCCAAUGCGGACCAUGCUGUUCUGUUUGAAGCGGUCAACCUCAUUGUCACCUGGGGAUCGUCGGGACCCGAUCAUUUGAGAGAUGGAGCCAUGAAACUCCUUGGGAAAUUUAUUUCGGUGCGCGAACCAAACAUUCGGUACCUUGGAUUGCUCACCAUGGCCAAACUCGCUCAGCUGGAAGGAAGUGCCGAGUCCAUUAAGAAACAUCAGGCAACCGUUCUGGUGUCGCUGAAGGAUGCGGAUAUUAGUGUCCGUCGCAGGGCCUUGGACCUUUUAUUUGUCAUGUGCGACACGGACAAUGCCGAACGGAUUGUUGACGAGCUUGUUGCCCAUCUUGUAUUGGCCGACGCUGCCAUCAGGGAAGAAAUGGUGCUGAAGAUUGCAAUCUUGGCGGAAAAAUAUGCAACGGAUCUGCGUUGGUACGUCGACACUAUUUUGAAGCUCAUCUCUAUUAGUGGGGAUCACGUCAGUGAUGCCAUUUGGCACCGUGUCGUCCAAAUCGUCACCAAUCAUCCACAAGGUGAUUUACAGGCAUACACCGCCGCAACACUCUUGGUGGCCGCAAGUCCUCGGCGGUGCCAUGAAACAGCUGUCAGGGUGGCAGCAUAUGUCCUUGGAGAAUUUGGGUUUCUGAUUGCGGAAAGGCCUGGCAUGAGCGGAGAGGAACAGUUCCGGAUCUUGCAUCAGCAUUGGGCAACCUCGGAAUAUCAGACGCGAGCAAUCCUUACCAGCACUUACGCAAAACUUGCCAAUCUGUACGAAGAGUGCCGACCUUUGGUUGCCCCUGUCUUUGCUCGGUGCAAGAAUAGCGUUGAUGUAGAAAUCCAGCAGCGUGCGGCCGAGUAUGCAUCGAUGCGGGAAGCGUUCAGUCCCGAAGCCGUGGAAGAUCUUCUCAGAGAGAUGCCGCCAUUUGAGGAUAACAAACAAAGCGCUCUGGAGCAACGCCUUCGUGAUAAGGAAGGAGAUGAUAGCGCUGCUGUUGUCAAGGCAGCUAGACCAAGUGCUGCUCAACGCGAACGAGCUGCCCAGAGCAAAGCCGCCGCUAGGGCCGUGGAAGAAGUUCAGGCACAGGCCAAAGCAGACGACGUGGGGCCAAUUGAGGAUGAUCCCGUCAGUCCGAUGAGCGACGGUAGUCCCGGCACGAACAGACCAAAAGAUCGCACCCAAAAAGUUGGCAUCCCGAGAGAAGUUAUUCCGGCAAUGCGCAAAGCUUUCUCCAACCUCUGUACAUCUCCGUCUGGUGUAUUGUUCGAGAAUGCGGUGCUCCAGGUCGGUGUCAAGCAAGAAUAUGUUGGGGCGCAAGGACGUAUAUCGGUCUUUUUCGGAAACCUCAGCAAGAAGCCUCUGUUUCAUUUCCGGGCAAUUGUGGAAGAUGUGGAGCAUCUCAAGGUUCAGAAGCAAGGAACACAGGGCUUGCUAGAUGAAGACGAGAAUGGUGGGUGCACCGUCGCUGUUCGAACUCAGGCUAAGCUUCUUCUGUUAGUAGAAGUCACGGCGCCUUUUGACGACGCUCCGGCCAUGAGGGUUGUAUUCGAAACCGAGGAGGGGGAACUCCACGAGUAUCCAUUGCGUUUGCCUGUGGUUGCUACCUGUUUCAUGGAACCAGUGACGCUUGAACCAGCGGCAUUUAUGCAGAGAUGGAAGAGCCUCGAGGGGCAGGACCGUGAGUGUCAAGAAGUCGUGAAGGCACCGGCAAACGCCCCCACUAUUGACGAGGAAUACAUGACACGCAUCUCCCGAAUUGUGACAGAAGGCCUCAAGUUUGGAAGGUGUCAAGGUUGCGAUCCCACUCCUUGGACGGUCUCCGGAGCAGCUACUUUCAGGACUGGCGCCAAAGACAUGAACGGAAACAACAUCAAUGUGGGUUGCCUGGUGAGAGUCGAAGCAAAUCCGCAAGCUGGUGCAUUUAGGGUGACGACGAGAACGCUGCACCCUCUCUGCUCCAAGGCUGUCAAGAAUGUUGCUCUAGUGUCGAUAAAGCUUUCUUCCUCCCCUUGAUUACCAUUAGACUAAGACAAGAAGUAAAAAUGUUUUUCAUUU